GAAAAAGAUUGCCAAAUUGGCAACAAUGACUUUCCUCCCUUUGUUUAAAGAACAUCAACCCAGAAGUUAUUUUAUCUUCCAAUUGCCUUUUCCUUAUUAUUACUAGAAACCCAUUGCAUUUAUAUAAAAGCUGAGAUUUCUUGUUCUUGUCCUCCAUUUGUUACCUUCCAAGAAGUAACUGGCAGGAGUCAUUCUGACCAGCAGAAUAAUCAGCCCUGAGAAGGCUCCUAAUACAACGGGGUAACCGUAAGGAUGAAACCACUGUGCUGGACCUUGGGCCUUUUGGCUCUUGUAAUGUGUUUCUCGUCUGGUGAGAGUCAAAGGGGCCACAGGCAACACAGACCACCGCCACCUGUUCCUCCUGUCCCAGGACUUGUUCUACACCCUCCUUUUAUUCCAGGUUUUCCAUAUCUACCUUUCCAACCGAGACCUUAUCCACCUAGACCUCCACUGUUCCCAGGAUACCCUCCACUUUAUCCUCCCUUACGUCCUCCUAUAUCCCAAAUAAAAACAACUACAACAAAGGACUCCCCUACAACCACACAAGAACCCACCACCGCUGAAACAGACUCCACUACAAACGCAAUCGACCCCCCUCCUGCCNAAACGGACCCCCACCAACCCCACAACUCUAUCUUCUACUACCCAAAAUUCAAUGUUUCAGAAAUUUUUAGAUAUAUUUCUUUCCUUUUUCAGACAAGGAUGAGAUAUUCCAAAAUCUCUGAGAUUUGUGGAGAAAAAAAAUCUUAGAAAGAAAUUGUAAAACAACAUACAUGAACAUUAUGCCAACAAUGUGAAAAUAAAGCGUUGAGCAAUGAUAUGAAA